AUGGGAAAAGAGCUGCCACAUUUUUCCGGCAAUCCGGAAGAUUGGCCCAUUUUCAUAUGCAGUUUCGAGCAAACUACAGCUGCAUGUGUGUAUACAGAUGCGGAAAACCUCAUCCGCCUACAGCGAUGCUUAAAGGGGCACGCCCUUGAAUCGGUUCGGAGUCGAUUGCUACUUCCCUCAAGCGUUCCACAAGUCAUCAGUACCCUGCGAACGCUGUACGGCAGACCGGAACUUCUAAUACGAUCGCUCAUAGAGAAAGUUCACCGGGCGCCAGCACCAAGGCAUGAUCGUCUCGAGACUGUGGUGGAAUUCGGUUUAACCGUACAAAACCUAGUAGAUCAUCUGAAGGCGGCGAAUCAAGUUCUACAUUUGGCUAACCCGGUGCUAGUGCAGGAGCUUGUGGAGAAAUUACCCGGAUCGCUCAAAAUGGAGUGGGCGGUCUACAAAAGCAGGCAACCAGAUGCAACAUUAGCGACGUUCGGUGAAUUCAUGGGAGGACUAGGAAAUGGACCUUUCCCUAUGUUUCGUGUUCUUACUGUGGUGUUGUAUGCUGGAGAACGUUUCGAAGUCAUCUUCGCAUUUAUCGACGAAGGGUCUUCGAUUUCUCUCUUGGACGAAACCAUCGCUGAACGUUUGUGCGCUACCGGCCCAUCGGAACCGUUGACUUUGCAGUGGACGGGCAUGGUAACUCGCGAGGAACCAGGUUCAAAACGAGUGCAACUGGAUAUAUCAGGGAGAGGUAAUAGCAAUCGUCAUAAACUGUCGUAUGUCAGGACAGUCAGCUGCUUGGUCCUUCCUUCGCAGACAUUGAAAUAUAAGGAACUCUGCCAGCGGUAUCCACAUUUGCGAGGGCUUCCGUUGGAAGAUUACGAGAUGGUUCAACCAAAGUUGCUAAUUGGUUUAGACAAUCUUCGACUGGGUGUACCAUUGAAACUCCGCGAAGGCGGACCGAUGGAUCCAAUAGCUGCUAAAUGUCGUCUAGGUUGGAGCGUUUAUGGAUGUCUUUCCGAUUCACCCACAAGAGCAGUGGUUAACUUCCAUGUUGCUGCAUACACCGAUCCAGAUCAAAAACUCAACAAUCAGCUACGGGACUACUUCGCGUUGGAAGAUGUUGGUGUUAGUGGUCUAUACGAACCCUUGGAAUCAGACGAAGAUACACGGGCGAGGAAGAUUCUGGAGCGUACGACAAGGCGAACUGAGCAUGGGUUUGAGACCGGUCUUUUGUGGCGGGACCCUGAUUUCCCGGAUAGCUAUCCAAUGGCAGUUCGUCGUCUAUAUUCUUUAGAGAAGAAGCUUGAGAAGAACCCAACGUUGAAGGAACAGGUUCGCGAGCAAAUUUCCGAGUACGUGCGGAAAGGUUAUGCCCGCCAAGCUACGGAAUCCGAAUUGGGAAACGCCAAUAUGAGGCCUAUGUGGUUCAUUCCGUUAGGAGUCGUCGUUCAUCCCAAAAAACCAAACAAAGUACGGUUGAUUUGGGACGCAGCAGCAGUAGCGAAUGGGGUAUCCUUGAACUCCAAACUCCUGAAGGGCCACGACCUGCUAACACCAUUACCUGCUAUUCUCAGCCGUUUUCGCCAAUUCCCUGUAGCCGUCUGCGGUGACAUUAGGGAAAUGUUCCACCAGUUGUGGAUCCGCUCACAAGACCGUCUGGCGCAGUGCUUCCUCUGGCGGGAAAAUCGUUCCGAUCCGAUUCAGGUUUUCAUGAUGAAUGUGGCCACCUUUGGCGCUACUUGUUCUCCCGCUUCUGCACAGUACGUGAAGAACCUCAAUGCGCAGGAGUUUGCUGGUCUUUAUCCAAGAGCGUCCGCAGCCAUAGUCAAAAACCACUACGUGGACGAUUAUUUGGACAGCUUUAUGACUGUGGAGGAAGCGGUGGAGGUCGUCAAGGAGGUGAUUCUGGUCCAUGAAAAAGGGGGUUUUGAGAUCCGCAAGUUCCGCUCGAAUUCAACGCAACUCCUUUGGGAAAUCGGGGAAAUUACCGCUGAUGAACCAAAGGAUCUGAUCCUGGAAAGGGAAGGCAUAUCUGAGUCUGUUCUUGGGAUGAAAAGGCUCCCCAAAGAGGAUCGCUUCGUCUACACAGUUAAACUUCGAGAGGAUCUUCGUGCUAUCGUAGAUGAAACACAUAUUCCCUCCAAGCGAGAAGUGUUGAAAGUCGUUAUGAGCCUGUUCGAUCCACUAGGACUCAUUUCCCACCUUCUUGUUCACGGGAAAGUCAUCAUCCAAGGGACCUGGGCUUCAGGAAUAGGUUGGGAUGAACCGAUCAAUUGUGAUCUCUAUCAGAAAUGGCGACAGUGGGUGAACCUUUUCCCGAAGCUAGAUAAACUGUCUAUCCCACGAUGCUACUUUUCUCCAUUCCCGGAUACCUUUGAGGACCUGCAAAUCCAUACCUUCGUGGACGCCAGUGACACUGCAUACUCAUGCGCCAUAUACUUUCGCUUGGUGCAUAAAAACAACGUUCAGUUGGCGCUGGUGGGAGCAAAAAGCAAAGUGGCUCCUUUAAAGACAUUGUCCAUCCCUAGACUUGAGCUAAAAGCUGCUGUUCUGGGGGUUCGUCUUCAAGCUUCGAUCUUAGAAUACCACACGUUUCCGGUCUCUCGACGCUUUCUUUGGAGCGACUCGACAACAGUGUUGGCGUGGAUUCGGUCUGACCAUCGGCGUUUCCACAAAUUUGUCUCUGUACGAAUCGGAGAGAUUCUGACCCUCAGCGAUCCCCAAGAAUGGAGGUGGGUUCAAUCGAAGCACAACGUGGCAGACGUUGCCACAAAAUGGAAGAACGGACCAAACCUGGAAGCGGACAGUCCUUGGUUGCGAGGACCCAAGUUUUUAUAUUAUGGUGAGCAAUCUUGGCCGAAACAUCCGCCCACAGUGACGUCACACGAAGAAAUACAGAGAGUUCAAGCCCACUGGAAUUCUACGCCACUGUUGGAUUAUUCCAGGUUUAACCGAUGGACAAAGUUGCUACGUACGAUGGCAUACGUGUUCCGUUUCAUCGAGAGCGUACAAAAGAAGAAUUUUGGACAGCAGCUAAAAGCAGGGUUACUAACUCAGCGGGAACUAGCAAGAGCGGAACUUGUACUCUGGAAGAUGGCACAAGAGGAUGCAUUCCCGGAAGAAAGAACCGUGUUGAAGACAACUCAGGGCAACCCAGAGAUUCGCCACGCAACCGUUUCUAAAUCGAGCAGCAUCUACAAAACUUGGCCUUUCAUAGAUGAGCAAGGAAUCCUCCGGAUGCGCGGUCGUAUUGGAGCUGCACCGUAUGUGCCAUUCGAAGCAAAGUGGCCGGCGAUUCUUCCGAAGUGUCAUCCAAUAACAACUCUCAUUACGGACUUCUACCACCGACAAUUUCGUCACGCAAAUCGCGAGACAGUUGUCAACGAAAUGCGGCAGCGCUUCGAAGUGGCCAAACUGAGAUCCCUCAUUCAAAGGGUUACGAAGAACUGCGUGUUCUGCAAGAUCACCAAGACUAUUCCAAGAGCACCAGUAAUGGCGCCUCUUCCCGAAGAAAGAUUGCAACCCUUUGUACGCCCUUUCACGUACGUUGGGGUAGAUUAUUUUGGACCGGUGCUGGUCAAGGCCGGGCGCAGCCAGGUGAAGCGCUGGGUAGCACUUUUUACCUGCUUGACAAUUCGCGCUGUACACAUGGAGGUGGUGCAUAUGUUCUACUCCGACAAUGGCACCUGCUUCCAAGGAGCCAGCAGGCAGCUUCAGGAAGAGAUCUCGGCAAUGAAUGAGACCAUGGCAACAACUUUCACGAACGCGAGAACCGCUUGGAAGUUCAUCCCUCCCGCAACUCCACACAUGGGCGGAGUGUGGGAGCGCCUUGUCCGGUCAGUUAAGACAGCGAUUUUUUCAGCACUGAAUAUUCCUCGAAAACCCGACGACGAGACUCUGAAAACGAUUAUCUAUGAAGCAGAAGCGUUGGUGAACUCUAGACCGUUGACGUACAUUCCGCUGAAGUCCGCGGAUCAGGAAUCUCUAACCCCCAACCACUUCCUGUUGGGGAAUUCGACGGGACUCCAUGCAGAAACCGAAGUCAUUGGAUAUGUUGGUCUCCGUAGUAGCUGGAAGCAAGCCCAGCACAUCACCGGGGAGUUUUGGAAAAGGUGGAUUAGGGAGUACCUGCCAGUGAUAACUCGCAGAUGCAAGUGGUUCGACGACACCAAGGAGCUUGAAGAGGGAGAUCUCGUUCUCAUAGUUAACGGAACUGACCGAAAUCAUUGGAUCCGUGGACGCGUGGAGAAAGUUAUUGCAGGGCGUGAUGGGAGAAUUCGCCAAGCGUUGGUGCGAACAGCGACUGGUGUUUUACGGCGGCCUGCAAUAAAGCUGGCGGUGAUAGACGUCGGAGACAAAACCUAG